AUGUUUCGUCUGGGAUUUAUGCCCAAAUGGGUCCCAAAAAAUGAGCUUUUUGGUUUGACAAAUGCAAUUCGUGGAGGACAUAAGAGAUUCUAUGCUCUCGCUUCCGAAGAACUAUCAAGAAAGACAGUAAAACCAGUGGACUCGAGGAAGACGUUUCUCAUAGAUACUUACAAGCAUUUAAUGGAGAACAGCUCCAUGGUUCUUUUCGUACAUUAUAAUAAUCUUUCCAAGACGGAAGAUCACCAUUUCAGAUUCAAGAUUAAGCAAACCGGGGGGAAACUCACGAAGGUAAGAAACAACUUGUUUGAGGUCUAUUUGAAAAAUUCACAUUUACCCGAUCCAUGUGGCUUCGUGAGACGCAAAGAGCAAAAUUGGAAGCAUCCCCUAUUGCCACUGCUAAAGGGCCCCACGGCCACCAUUACGUAUGAAGACGCUAACCCUCAACAAGUGGCUAAGUUAUUGAAGAUGUUGAAGUUGGCACAGGAUAAAUUAUUAGUAAUUGGUGCCAAAGUGGAGAAUCAAGUUCUAAACGCGGAAAAGUUGAACAUUUUCAAGACCCUCCCCACAAAGCCGGAAAUGCAAUCCCAGUUGGUUAGCGUGUUACAAAUGCUAAGUGGGCUCGGCUUGGUUCGCACAUUGGAAAGUGGUUCGAAUGCGCUGUACUUGACACUGAAAUCUCACCAGGAUAACCAGAACCCGAAAGAGAAUGUGGAAUCAGAUGCCGCCCCAAAAUCAAAAGAUUCAGAGUGA